ACGCCUCGAUCACGGAGGCUGCCAUCUUUCAACUCUUUGUUUGAAGCGAGCUUACGUACAGCUAUCUAACAGCUUCUUUGCUUGCGUUGAGGUUCACAGACAUGCAAACACACUGCCUCCCUCCAACCCCAACACCCACAUGCUCUCUCUUCAGGAACAUGAAGUGAGACGUAUACUGAGGACAGUGAACCCGAGGAAAGCUGCUGGACCUGACGGCAUCCUAGGGAAGGUGCUCAAAGCAUGCGCAGACCAGCUGUCAGGAACCCUCACCAAGAUCUUCAGUCUUUCCCUGACGCAUGCUACCAUCCCACCCUGCCUGAAGUCUGCCAUCAUCAUCCCCGUACCCAAGAAAACAGCCAUUGACAGUCUGUGACUACAGACCCAUAGCUCUCACAUCUGUAGUCAUGAAGUGCUUCGAGAGGCUGGUCUCACAACACAUCAGAGACUGCCUUCUUACAUCCUUCAACCUUCACCAGUUUGCCAACAGGGCAAACUGAUCAAUGGAGGAUGCCAUCGCCACAGCACUUUACAGAGCGCUGAGCCACCUGGAACAUCAGAAGAGCUAUGUGAGUAUGCUCUUUGUGGACGGUCAGCCUUCAAUACCAUCAUCCCAGGCAUAUUAGUCAGUAAACUGUCUGACCUACAAAUCCCCUCUCCCACCUGUGGCUGGAUAAAAGACUUCCUCACCAACCGGCCACAGUCGGUCAAAUUUGGCCCCCACCUCUCCUCCACCCUCACGCUCAGCACAGGCUUUCCACAGGGCUGUGUGCUGAGCCCUCUACUCUACGCACUUUACACAUACGACCGCACUCCAUCCCACCCCACCAACACCAUCAUCAAGUUCACCAUGGUUAGGCUCAUCUCCAAUGGAGAUGAGACUGCGUACAGAGACAAAGUGGAAAAAUCGACUGCCUGGUGCUCAGGAAACAACCUUUUACUGAACACCAGUAAAACAAAAGAACUUCUCAUUGACUUCAGGAAGCACAGAACAGACCCCGUCCCUCUCUUCAUCAGCGGAGAAUGUGUGGAAAUGGUUAGCUCAUUCAAGUUCCUGGGCACCCACAUCUCUGCCUACCUUUCCUGGACUAUUAACACCACAGCUGUCGUGAAGAAGGCACAGCAGUGGCUGUGGAAAACCAACCUGGAAAAGAUGCUGCUGGCUGGCUUUUUACCGCUCCUCUGUGGAGACUGUGCUCAGUACGUGUCUGCGUGUGGUAUGCAGGCUGCACAACAAAGGGGAAGAAACUGUUAGAAAGCCCUGCAGAGAGUGAUAGAUACGGCACAAAAAAUCAUUGGCUGCUCUCUGCCCUCCCUGGACGAUAUCUCAAGGUCCCGCUGCCUCAGAAGGGUCGACUCAGACCCCUCACAUCCAGCCCAUCAUCUGUUUAACCUCUUGCCCUCUGGAAAGCGCUAUAGGUCACUCAAAUCCCACACCACUAGACUUUCUAACAGUUUCUUCCCCUGGGCCAUAUGCACCAUAAACAAUCACUCAGUGCAUUUACAUGCACAUCCAAAUCGAGCUACUGUCGGUAAUUGAGCUAAGGGUCCCAGCAGGGGUGCCAGAGAAAUCCAAUCCUACAUGCACACAAGGAAAUCAAGCUGUUGUGUGAGGUACAUUGUGCACCCGAGCCACAGGUGGCGCUACACGCCCCAUCAUGUUGGUACACUUCUGGUUGUCGUCAUGAAGAAGAGGAGUGAUUUCCACUUUACAUUCACACCAUGUCAUUGCCACCUGUUGGCUACAAACUGUCCUACACAGACCACUGUUUUGUAAGACAACUUAUUUUGCACAAUUGUAUAUUUUUCUAAAGUCCAUUUUUUGCUUACAAUUUAACUUAUGUCUUAAUAAACACACAAAAAGUUCAAUUGUUUUUGUUUUUUGUCCCCUUGUUCCUCCUGACCUCUUCUGCUGCUCGCUACUACUACUGUUGUCAUGCCGACCGAGGCUGUUGUGUUUCCCGCUUGUGGUCUCGUCACUCGUCACUUCCGGAAGGGAAGUACAUCCUGAUUCCUGUUUUGCCUCCCAUGUGUUGGUGAUGUUCGCAAACAUGAAGUCUGAUAUUGCAUAUGAAAAGCACGACCGCAAUGCAUGAUGGUAUAUAUUGCUUGAUGGCUGAGGUGGAGUCGAGUAAAGGAGAGAGUCUUCUGAAACCUCAAAAGUAUUACAGGUGUAUUUUGAUCAUCACCUGUCUCACUGCUUUGCUGCUCGUGAUGUUUAGCCUCCAAACACUCCUUCUGCCCUCAAUCUUAUCAUCUGGCCUGAAGAAAAAUCCUCCCAUCACGCACACCUGCACUGAUGCCUGCAGACUGGUUCUGGUAGAGAGCAUCCCAGUGGGGGUAGAAUUCAACUCGUCUGUUGGUCAUCCAUCCAUCUAUCAGUCGUGGCUGAGUCUCUUGUCAGAGGCACAGAGCAGUCUGGACAUUGCCUCAUUCUACUGGAGCCUCACUAACGAGGACACACACACACACGAGCCCACAGCCAAUCAGGGUGAGAAGAUCCUGCAGGAACUUGUAGAGCUUUCUGGGAAAAUCUCAGUGCGCAUCGCUGUGAACACUUUUCGGGACAAUCAGCCACAGCAUGACAUCCAGCAACUUGUUAAUGCUGGUGCUGAUGUGAGGGAUGUAGACAUGCAGCAUUUAACAUCUGGUGUGCUGCACACUAAGUUCUGGGUGGUGGAUAAGAAGCACAUUUACAUUGGUAGUGCCAACAUGGACUGGAGAUCCUUAACUCAGGUGAAGGAGCUCAGUGCUGUGGUAUAUGACUGUAAGUGCCUUGCUGAGGACCUUGGGAAAAUAUUUGAAGCCUAUUGGUUCCUUGGUGACAGCAAGACAAUACCUGCUCCCUGGCCCAGCCAAUACUCUACAGCCUUUAACAAAGACAAACCAAUGCAGCUGCCAAUCAAUGGGACAGACUCUAGAGUUUACCUGUCGAGCUCUCCUCCAUCUUUAUGUGCUGAGGGCAGAACUCCAGAUCUUCAGGCCAUUUUAAGUAUCAUUAAUGAUGCACAACAGUUUGUUUACAUUGCUGUAAUGAACUACCUGCCCACUAUGGAGUACUCAGCAUCUAAAAGAUACUGGGGUGAUAUUGACACUGAGCUAAGGCGUGUGGCAUUUGAGAGGAUGAUUUCUGUGCGUUUGCUGAUCAGUUGCUGGAACAGCACCUCUGCAGUCAUGUUUCCAUUUUUACACUCGCUUGCCUCUUUACAGGAUUCAAAGAGUAACCUGGACAUUCAGGUGAAAAUCUUUGUGGUUCCCAGCAGCCCAAGUCAAAAGAAAAUCCCUUUCGCUCGAGUGAACCAUAACAAGUACAUGGUAACAGACAGAGUUGCCUAUCUAGGAACGUCAAACUGGUCCGGCGAUUACUUUGUGAACACAGCGGGCUCAGCUUUGGUGGUGAAUCAGACUUCGACCUCAUCCUCAGAAUCUCCAGUGCGAAAACAGCUGCAGGCUGUGUUUGAAAGAGACUGGGAUUCUUCCUACAGCACUCCACUCAAAUACAACAGCAACCUUGAGCAGAUAUGUGAAGUAUAACACUGAACCAGCAGGGGGCACAUUAAAAUGCCCUUGUGUUCCCCAGCGUUGUUUUAAUGCAGCCUUGUGGACUUCAGCUAACACCUAGGCCAUGUAAAAGGAGGAGUAUGGGGAAACACACUCAACCUCUGCAGCUGCAACAAUGUAGCUGAAAGGAUUUCAUCUCAGAUUUAAAUACUUGGUUGCCUUUACAUUAAUUUCACUGUGCUUGAGUGUGCAUGUGACAAAGGCUUCUUCUUCUUCUUCUAAAAAAAUUGCAAGUUGACAUUAUAUUACAAAAUGCAGCCUGAACACAAAUAAUGAAAGAAAAAUGUUUGUCAGAUGGUACAGGCUACUUUUUGAUUUAGUUGUAUUCUUGAAUUCUACAAUGAUCUUGACUUGAUUGCCACUCCAGCAUUUAUCUAACCAGCUUCACUUGAGAUUAACAGAAUGGCCAGUAAGAUAGCAACUACAGGAACGUCAAUGAGAAGAGUGUGUGGGGGUGGGGGUGGGGAGGGGGAUUAGAACAGAGGGCAUGAUGUUCAGUCCAGUGCAUAAUUAACUGUUUUCUCCUUGCAUUACAUAAACCAUAACACAUAACCAACACAAUGAACAUAAUUGCAGGAACUUCAAUGAGGAAUAGUUACAUAUUCAUUUCUAAGAUUGAGACAUUUAAUGUCCUUUUUUUUAAAAUCAUGACUCAGUUAUUACAGAUAGCAUUAAAAUCCACUUGCACUUUGGCACAAAGCAAAGGUUUGGCCAAAAAUAAAAGGUACGCACUGUCCCCCCACUCCAAAUUUAGUCAGUCAACCAAGAUGUGUUUGGUGUUCAGGUAGGAGGUGUGGGUUUCUGAUUUCUAAAGGCUAAAUGCAGGCAUGUAAAUUAGAAGUGAUUUGGAUUAUAAUAAAUUUGUCUGACUUGUUAGCUACAUUGCUUUUGUAACUGCAGAAGCAAACUUCAGAUCAAGCUUGUCUUAGCUGUUGAUUGAUGAUGCACUGAAUGCAGUAAUGCGUUCUUUUGCCAAACUAUCAGGGUUGUUUUACAAUCAGGGUACAAAGUUUGUGUCACAGGGGUCCAAAAUUCAAAUUGAUUCAAACUGGUUCUUGUACCAGUUUUUAAGUGAAGGACACGUUAAAAACAGAUUUCAGGUAAUUUUUUGACAUAUGUGUAUGGUAGUUUUGUGUAAUCUGUUAUAAGAUAAAGAAGAUUAAGUGUAGCUUUAAGCAGGGCUGGGAGAAACAAAUAAAGUGAUUCUCGGAGAGGACAUUUUUUUUGACAAUUCAGAAUCCACUACUUCCAUAGUGCUUUUAAAUAUAAGGCUGUAAGCUUUGUGUUAGUUGUCUCUAAUAUUUAUGUCCCAAUAUCUUGACCACAUUUUGGGAUGAAAAUAAUCAUUUUAGAUAUGUUAUUUUAUAUUGAAAGAUUAGCUGUCUCGGAGAGGACAUUUUUUUGACACAAUUACAUACUAAUUUGAUCAAAAUAGUCUGAAAACUUACUGGCAUUCAACAUUAAAACUUAACUAUGUUUCCAAUGAUAUGGAACCAAAUAUUUGUUUUAUGGUAUAAAGAAUGAUUUAAGUGCAUCCCUUUUGGAGCUACCUGUGGUCAAAAAAGCACUUUUUCUAAAUGACACGAGUAAUUUUGCUAAAUAUGACAUAUAUUGCCAUACAUUCACCAAAAAUAACAUUAUCACCAAUUUUUUUUUUUGCAUGGUAGAGCUAUCACAAGGCUACAAUAAACAACCAAGUUUAUUUAGUCAAGUCUUUUGAUAUUGAAGAUAAUAAGUGUUAAAUGUGGUUUUUAGCUUGCGUACCCUGAUUGUAACACAACCCGUCACUCUUACAGACAUAGUAGCAAUCUAUUAUUUUGGCUUUUGUAGCAAAGAGAAUUUAAACACUGUACCUGGGCAGAUCAUGUUUUUAAAAUUUUCGGCUAAAAUAUUAAGAAAUUAAACUGGUAUGAAUGUUAUUUUCUCAGGUAAAUCUAUGGCUGGUCACUGAUGCCCAGAAACCCCAAAAUAAUAAUACUGCUGUCAUUUACCAGCCUUAAAUGUGUUACUUGAAAUGCAUUACCAUUUGUACCCAUUAUGUUUUGGCUUUUCUUUUCAGUGAAUAAAUAUUUUUACUGACUUUUCCCCUCGACAAGGCUAUUCUGUAACCAAUUCUGAAAAAAUAUAUAUAUAGGUAUAGUACAGAUGUACUCCACCUACACCUAAGGGACAUUCUACAGUGGUCCCGAAACCCAGGAAAGGUGGAGCACAGAGGACGGCAGGACAAAGCUUUAGGUAAGGAACAGGCUUUAUUGCCAGACUUUUCAGUUUAACAAUAUUUCCCAAAACACACACACACGCUGUGUUCUCGUCCCGGGAAGAGCUUCCCUCUGCUCUCCCUCUGUCUCCUUAAAUAGGGCGCAGUUACUGGGAAGCCACACAAACACAGGUUAAUUACCAUCAGGUGUAGUGAUUCUGCCACUCACCUUCCCUGGCUCCGCCCUCCCGUCACAGACCGGCGCUUGACCACGCCCCCGCUGCCACAGCCAUGUAAUGUAAUAUAAAUGCCUUCACUCACUGUUCUGUCCUCCAAAUAGGUUUUGAAUGAUCCCUGCUGAAAUACUCAUCCCCUGUUCUUCCCAGAUUGUCUGUUUUAACUCUGCCAGAUGUUUUUCCCAAUCUCUGCCAAUUAUUCAUGACAUCUGUUUUUCGCCAGAUGUCAUACACUGUCUUGAGCUUGUAUGACAUCUGUUGUAAUGGCAGAAAUUAAAAAUUAUAAUUUUUUUUAAAGAUUAAAUAUUUUUUCAGUUUUCAUGCAUUUAAAAUAAUAUCACAUAUCAAUGUUCAAGGGGUGACAAGUUUUGAGCCUCCAAGAAAUGAUAGCCAAUAGAAAUAUUUUAAUGCUUUAUUUUUGAACAUAAUCUCCCUUCAAGUCAACACACUUCUUCUACCAGUGGUGGACUGCCUGGAUCCUACUGGAGUAGAAGUCUUUAUUUUAGGCUUUGAGGUAGGCAUCCAUGGCCUCCUCAUUGGUGGCUGUGACAGCGGGGGCGUGGUCAAGCAGCAGUUUGUGAAUGGAGAGAGAAGCUGGGGAAGGUGACUGGCAAAGUGGAAGCACCUGUGUUAAAUUAAUGUGCUGUUUGUGUGCAGUAAAAAGGAGAUAAAAGGGGAGAGCAGCAGAGUGAGUUUUCUUCUUCCCCCUGAUUGAUGUCAUGCUCAUGCAGUGGUGCACAGCACCUCCAGGGAAAACUGCUGAAAAGCAUUUUUGUGUAAUCUGGUUGUGUGCAAAUAAAAUUUGAGUUUGAACUUGAUCCCACCUGCCUGUGUUUCAGUGUUCACAGUAAUCAGGGAAGUGUUACAGUGACAGUCUGGCCAGAUCCUUUUUCAGGUUCAGGAACAGGUGGAAGUCAGAGGGUGUGAGGUCUGGUGAGUAUGGCGGAUGAGGAACAAGCUGGAAGCCACAGUCAUGGAUUUUUGCCAUCGUCACCACUGAGGUGUGGGCCGGAGCAUUGUCCUGAUGGAACAAGACCCCUCUGGUCAGCAUUCCUUGCUGCCUCUUGAUUCUCUCACGUAGAUGUGUCAGCAGGUCAGCAUAGUAUUGUCCAGUGAUAGUAUUGUCCAGUGACUAUGUGUGGUCCUUUUGGAGGUAAUCUAACAGCAACAUGCCUCGUUCAUCCCAGAAAACAGAUGCCAUGACCUUUCCAGCCAAGACCGUGACCUUGGCUUUCUUUGAGGUGGGAGAGGAGGGGUGCUUCGACUGCUGUUUGGUUUCAGGAUGGUAGUGAUGAACCAAGGACUUGUCCAUGGUAACAAAUCGAGCCAGGGAAUUUUCCGGAUCAGCUUCAAAGAGUUCUAAAUUGUUGGUAGACAGGGUGCACUGUGUGCGCUUCUGUUCCUCGGUCAGGAGAUGUGGCACCCAGUGAGCGCACACUUUCGACAAGCCGAGCUCGUUCCUCAGAAUGUUGUCGGCUAGCUCCUGGGGGACACCCAAACUGUCUGCUAUUUGAUGAGAUGACAGUCAGCAAUUUCCUAUAACCAUCCUGAGGACAAGGUCAAGGUUCUCUGGUGUAAACAUGGUUGAUGGCCUCCCUGACCUUGGAUCGUUGUUGAGGCUCUCCCUGCCACACUUGAAUUCUCUGACCCAAUGUUUGACCAUGGCAUACAAAGGAGCAUCUUCCCCUAAUGUGUUCACCAUAACUUUUAUGGAUCUCAGAUGGCGUCAUGCCUUUCAACCGAAUGUGGGGCUCUGUUAUUUGCAACACAGGCAGUCACGCAAUACAGGUAAUUACAUGAGGCAGGUCACAUGACAAACCAGGACAUUUAUAAAAGUUUGGUAGAUCAGACUCUUACACUCUCUUGGUGCUAAUGCUUGCUACUGCUGCUUUGAGUUGGGCUCCCCUUUCAUGCAGGGCGAUUGCUAGAAGCAUGUUUCCCUCUUCAUGGAGGACACAGAGGCUACUGCAUGGCAUUUUAAUAUUGAUGUGACCCCCUAUGAGCUGCUGGACUAUAGAUGUUGAUGCACUGGUAAAUUAUAUAAUUGUGUUUAUUGUUUUGUACUGAUAUUUAAAAUGGGUUUACUAUAUAUAUAUAUAUAUAAUAUAAAUAAUUUUUUUUUUUUUGCAGCAUUGGAAUGUUCCCUUUGCCCUUCCUGUGUUCUUGUGCUGUGGAAGUAUUGAGCAUUUGUGCAAAGUAGGCUUAUAUUUGCUGGUCAUGUUUGGAUAUGUUGUGCUGUUAAAUGAAGCUAGGAACUAACAUGCCUUGUUCUCUUUUAAAACAGACCAGGCCAAUCACUGUUUUACUGUUCAUGUUUGUUUUCUUUUGAUUUUUAGUUUUGUUUAUCUUUUAUUACCUGCCCUGUAUGCUUACUGGGUAUUGUCAAGGAGUCCAUUCCUACUGCAGUAUUUAUAGUUAAUCUAGCAUCUUGUGCUAUUGAUGGUGGUGGAUGCCGGUUGCUCUCCUCGCUCUCUAUAUCCCUCACGUAGGUUGUCCUUGUACAAGGCCAGAUCCGCACUGACUUACUGCUCCUUUACUGGGGGGCGGUGGCACACUGUAUUGGUGUGUAAUGUUGCAUGCUUUGUUUGGUGUUGGGUUUGUUGUCUCCUUUUCUGUCUCCCACUAGGGGCCUCUUGAGAGGGGAGCUGUGUGUGCCGAUCCAACCUUUCUAUUUUGAGGAGAAUCAGCCGGUUAUCCUCUGCAGUCGUUUUUAUUUUUAUACAUACUGUGUAUUUAUACUAAUUUGUAAUAAAUUUGAACUGUUUAUAUA